UCCCAAGAAAGUUCGCCUUUGAACAGUCACAAGUAGUUGUACCAGGUGAAUGGUAACCGAGGUCCUAGCUUGACCUCGGUCUGCCGACCAAGCUCUCAAGAUCGAAUAUCCGUUUGUAAACAAACAAUCGAUAACAAGAAGAAGGCCGACUUGGGGGUUUGCUAUCUGAUCUCACCAACUUCUAGCUUCCUAUCAGAGAAACGGCAGAUCUUAGAUACCGGAGAGUUGACGUAUAGUAUCCUUCCUGACCUUAAACGCAAUAAGAGAUCGAUAACGGAGACCAAUCGCGGCAUAAUGGCUCAAACCGACCUCCCUGUCGACACGCAAUGGGAGACUUUCAAGUUCAGGAUGGACAACUUCCUCCUGGCCCUGGAUAGCUAUACGGAAGUCAUGAAGGGCAAGCUUGCGGGUCUCUCCCGCCAACAUUCUGAAAAGAUGAAGGACUUUGACAUCAACAAAGCGGAGCUCGAGGACCUUAUCAAGGCGGAGAAGGAAAAAGAGACCAGGAUGUGUGCAGCACUCGAAUCGGAACGACUCGCUAUUGGGGAAAAGACGAAAGAGCUCGAAACUCUGACCACACAGCUCGCCAAGCAGAAAGACCAGAUUAUGCAGCUCGAAUCGAAUCAUCAGGGCGUGCUCCGAGAAAUCGCGAGCAUUAAAGAGACCAAGACCAAGCAAAGUCAGGUCUUGGAGGAGCAUUUGAACAAGGACGAGCGAGAUCUGGCUCGAAUAGUUGAGCUUCUAGGGUUAGAUGUACAGCAUGUCGGCAAUUAUUUUGUAUGCCAGUAUACGAAGAUCGAUCCUAACAACCCUGAAGAAGUAUAUUCAAUCGCUCUUGAAGAGGAGGGGGGCGGUAAAUUUAAGCCUUCUCACAUGAAGCCACAUCUGGAGGGGAUUAACCGCCUAGCUGCGAAAGCUCAGGAGGAACGGGGACACGAUCGAUCGAUGAUGCUCUGGUUCCUUAACCAAGUACGGUUGAUGUUCAAAUCGACUGUCCAGGAGGACGACCUGAACAGCAUGUUUGGCAGCUUGACGACCCGUCCAGCGAGUGCCAAGUCGACAUCAACAUCGACAGCAGAGAAGUGAAUGGGCUCUUCCGUUUCUGGCUGACUGGUCGUGUGACCGUGGACGACCAAGAGAUUUCCGUACGGGUGUAUGAUUAUGCAGAUCGGUUUGUAUCGCCACGAGCAGCGCUUGCUUUUUUGAUUUCGUUUGCCUUGUUGCAUCAUCAUUCCCUGCGACAUCGUCCCCUGAAUUUUGACGUGAU